UUGUUUCUUUUAAACGACAGCAUCGCGCAGUAGCAGAAAGAUACCGCCAGGCGCCAAUCCAAUUCUCACAGUUUCGCCGGUGAAAUGUCUCCGGCCGGUGAACUCAGGUGGCUCUGCCGCCUCCUCCACGACUCUCUCCGCCCCUACACAGAACCACGCGCCUUCGUUUCCACCUCCAAGGAGAAGGAGAAGGAAAUUCUAAUAGCUUCUUCUCAGGUCGUGACAAAAAUUCAGCUUCGGAUUCGCGAAUUCGAUUCUCGUGCAGAGGCGAAACGUGCUUCCGAUGAAGAGCGAUCGUGCUGUUCGAGCCCGCAUUCUUCCGUUGAUCAAUGUCUGCGAAAAAUCGUCACUGAGAUGAUGGUUUUGCUCACUGUCAAGAGUGAAUUUGUUCAACACGUGGUUGUCAACGCUCUUGUCUUAGUUUCAAAGUUUGUGUACACAAUGGGGAACAAUUGGGAUGGGUUCAUUCAUUUGUUGUGCUGUUCGUUGGAAAUGGCGAUUGCUAGGAUGAUUUCGUGUUCGUCUGAGCCUCCUUCUGGAGCUGAAAAUAGUGAAUUUGAUUGUUUUGAUGUUGAGUUUCUGAUGCAAUACGGGCUUAAGAAUUUUGAUUGGUCUACUGUGGCUGGUGUUGUUCGAGUAUUGCGUGUUAUAUGUAAACAUUUGAAGGAGGAGGAUUAUGAUGAUGGACUUAUCAAAGUGUACUAUGACUCUGUCAAUUCUUGUCUUCUGAAGAUGCCGUGGGAUUUGUUAGAUGAGUAUUGGAGUAGUGAGUUUGGUAGAAUGAAGGACAACUCUACUAUCAAUCAAUUGCACUUAAAAAAUUUCAGUGUUAUGGAUCCUGUGAUGAAUUUUCUUGGGACUUUUCUGCAGUUACUAUGCUCUUUGGUUUACCGGAAUGAUUCAGUGGAAACUGGUUGUGAUUCUGUUGAUAAACAUCCACUUUUUCUCACAGUCGUGAAUCUUAUACCUAGAUUAGCAAAGUGGUGUCUCAGCGAGCAAGAAAAUAAUGCUGAGAUGCACGCCAUUCAUUACUUGAAACACAAGUUGCUGAUUCUAAUGAUCAGACUCGGCUCACUUACAGGUCUAGACUGUCGGAUCCGUCUUUCUUGGCUUGAACUCCUUCAUAACUACUUUCAAGAGCUUUUGCAGCAACCCUUAACUCAAUUUCUUUCUGAUCAAAUUGAUUGUCUGGAAGACUCUCCAUUUUUAUGGAGUUUGUCUGAUGGAGAAGCAUGUAUGAAGCGUUCUGACCACCUACAAAGACAAGCUGUUUACCUCUUAUUAGCUUGUUCUUUCAGUCUGAUCUGUAAAAGAGGAGAAAAUGCAAACCACUGUAAUAAUUCAACUCUGUGCUCCAGUUUUACCACUAACCCAGAUUCAGAGCAUGAUUACUUCUGCAGAAAAAAGGGAUCACUAGAACUUUUCAAGUGGAUUCUAGGACAUCUUCCAACUGCAAUCUCUAUCAAACAUGAAAAGUACAUGCAGAUGUGUAUGAACUUCAUAUCAUCUUUCCUUCAGCUAUAUCUUCGUGAGGAUGAUCUAUUGUUUGAAGUGCUUUUGCUAUUGUUUAGCAUAUCAUCUUCUCUCCAGGAACAGUCUGAAAGUAAGGAUGCUGCGUAUCAUGAUGUAAUGAAAGAUUUUCCUUUUGAGCUGUCAGACAUUUUUAAUUCUGUGCACCUUUUUCAUCUGUUUCUUUCAGAGAUACAUUAUGAUCACCAAGUGCUUCUUGAUUACCUCAUUUCAAAAGAUACUGGAAUAAGCUGUGCUAAAUAUCUUCUAAGAUGCUUGCAUUUGAUAUGCAACUCAUGGAAGUUAUUUGUGGAAUUUCCAUUAUUUGGAGAAUUUUUGGAUCAAUCAUCUUGCAAGAGAAGAAAAAUUGUAGGGGAUGGUCUACACUUUCUAGCAGAUGGAAUGCCUACGUCAAUUGACAACAGUGGAAGUAUCAUAUUGCAUAUCAAGAAUUAUAAGGAAGACAGGGGUGGCUUCAAGUACUACAAUAUUAAGCCAUUCAAGAAAGCCGGAGAAUGUUUACUAUCUUUGAACAAUUCUGUAUAUAAUCUUCAUCAAAAGAAGUUGUUUCCGUAUAAUCCUAAAGUGCUUCUGAAACGUCUAAGAAGAUUUCAAGAGUUAUGCUGUCAGGAAAAGGGAUUCCAUGGACUGAAGACUGAGUAAUAAUUACCAAAACUGCAUGUCUGAUUCUGAAAGCUUGGCUAUCUUAUGCUAUUAAUGGCUAUAGAACUACAUUUUUGGGUAUUGGUGGCACGGAUGGACAGGAAAUAGAGAAAUUUUGUGCUGGUUCAUAGUUGUAUGGGUAAGAUGGCUACUACACUGGCUUAGAUCAGACUUAGUGCCCACAGCUGUCAACAUUGUGCUACUGGUGUCCAUCUAGUGACAGUCUUGGUUCACUUCAAAUCCGUCGAUUAUUCUAUGGGUUUGGGGUUACAUGUCAUCUCUGGAGAAUCUGGUGAGCCAUAUCAUGGAUCCAGGGUGCAUGAAUGGUUCCUACCAGUCUUCAAUCUUGAAUUUGUAAAGGUACUAAUCCAUUCCCUCAACUUUUAGCCAGCAGCAUGAUCUUCCCUUUGCGAUACCUUUUGUACUAUAUCCUCCAGGUAAUCCAAGCAAUUAUCGCAUUGAAGGAUGUCUUUCUUGCGGAUACCUGCCUUUCUCUUGGUACUUGGAGCUUGCAUUCAUGCUCCUACAAAAAAGCAUGUAAUGAGUAGAAGACCAAAAGUGUAAAACUUCGUUGGUUUGGUUAAGCUAGUACCCCUUCGUUUGAAGGCUGGGGUGAAAAUGGUUUCAAGUGCCUAAUGUUGUCAUUUCUUGAAGCAUAUUAGAGGUUGGAAAAAAAAACAGAUUAAGAAUAUGGACCAUGCAAAAUGAAACAUGAUAGACUUUGGGUUAGUUUCAUUUUCUUUUACUAUCAUAAGGGCUUACGGCCAGGCUAGUUAUCUAGCUCAUCCUUAAGAUCCAUUUUGUUUCCUUGACUUGAUCCAAAACUUAAUAGGGUGUUAAGGUCCAGUACACUUACAAGUCCCAAUUAAAAAAAAAUUGAACUCUUUCAACUUUGCUUGUAUGAAAGGUUGGUUGAUGAUC